AUGCGCAUUCCUUCUCGAGUUCGGGCCGCGGCUGUGAGGAAUCUUGGUGUUCCUAGCGCCUGUCACGAUGGUGAAGCUGAGCAAAGAGGCCAAGCAGAGGCUGCAGCAGCUCUUCAAGGGCGGCCAGUUCGCCAUCCGCUGGGGGUUUAUCCCUCUCGUCAUUUACCUGGGAUUUAAAAGGGGUGCAGAUCCUGGGAUGCCCGAACCAACAGUUUUAAGCCUACUUUGGGGAUAAAGGACUAUUUGGUCAUCUGGACUUAGAAGCAAUCCUCAAACAAAGACACCGUGGAAGGUGUGUGCUCUUGAUGGGAUAAGACAUGGGACAUCGUUCAGGUGGCCAGUCUUCAGUUUGAUGGCACAGGGAUCUUCUCAGAAGCAUCUGUGAUGGAGUAGAGCCUCUACUGACUUAUUUAUCAUACAUAGACUAUCAAAAUAAAUAUUUUCAACAAUGUUA